UGCACUCGAAAAGAACACCUCGUCCGGUGGAUAAGUUCUUCCAAAUAAAGAAAAACCGACUUGAAAUCACUGCCACAAUGACGGUCAGAGCAACAACAACAACGCAACGCAGCCUCUACAUCACGAACGAGAUAAUCAUCACCGCCAUGGACCGAUUCGUCUGGUUUGUCCUCCUGGUGGUCACAACGCACCUGGUCACCGAGUUUACCCGCGUCUCCGGAUAUGCACGCGGCCAGCGUCACGAGUUGGUGCUGCUGAACGAUACGCACCUGCAGCCGAUGCCCGUGCAAAACAUGGUGCUGUAUCCGAGCCAGGAUUAUGGGCAGUACCAGCAGCGCCCCUCCUCCGCCUCCUCCGCCCCCGCAGGAUCCAUGAGCAGCCUGCAGCAGAAUGCGGCCCUGCUGUUGAGCAGCUUGGCGGCAGGAGUGAGCCCGGGAAAUGGAGCAGCGGGAACGGCGGUUCCCGGGAGCAACGCGGCCAUUUUGUCCCUAGGCGAUAGUCAGCCGGCUCACACGGCUGAGAACUCGUACCCGAUGUUCAGUUUGCGACCCCUGAUCGACAGCAUUUUCGAGAUUCCGAUUUCGACGCUGCGCGCUGUCAACAAUCUGGUGGGUCGAUUGACCGGAGGAUAUCGUCAGGCCCCCACGGAAAUGUCACAGAAAUCGGUGGCAGCGGGAACGGCGCUGCCAUCAGGCAGGCAAAAUCCCACUCUAAGUGCCCAUCCCAGUCAACAGCACCAAAUGAGGGAGGAGAUGGCGUAAUUUUAGGCCCCACUUUUAGUCAGUAAACUAUUUUGAAUGCGUGAAUGUUGUAAUUUCUGUCAGUGUAUGUUUCUAGUGUGUUUUUCGUGUGCAUUUUGACCUU